AUGAGAGGGCAAUGUGACAUAUUACAAGCACAGCUGGAAGAACAGAGCAAGCACCACCAGAACGACAUGGAGACGUUGAGAUUCAACAGCGAGGUAAUCUCUCAGCAGUGGACCACCCAGGCAGCAGAGGCUAUCAAAGGACAGGAUUUGCAUAUCGAGAGAGUGCACGAGUUGGUAAAUGAAACCGUCGAACAACUCCAUACGAUAGAAACAGAAGCAAUACAACAGAGAGACACUACAAUCGAUGGGCUAGUCAAGCAGGUCAGAUCUGAAUCAUCGUUUGCGAACAUGGUGAAGCAUCUGAUCCUUGCGUUAUUCGUGGCUGUGGCAGUGGGAAUGUAUGUUCAAAACGCAUCUCAACUUGUCAAGUGCGAACAGAAGGACCAGGCGGUCUAUCAAUGUCAAGCUCAAGCCUUGACUCAUAACAAGACAUUAAGGUAUCUCCACCAACACUGUGACGCCGAAAGUAAGAACUACGAAUACAGGCUGGCCACAACACAGCAAAAUGUAACAAUGCUGCUGAUGCAAAAGGACAUGCAAUGUGAUGAAAGGCUUCAGCAGGUGGCACCGCAUGAGAAACAACUCAUAACAAUGACCAGCAACUACAAGCGGACAUUGAGGU